AUGGGAGGGGAUUUCUUCUCAGUUGAUGGCAUUUUUUGGACGAAUAAAGAAAUUGCUUGCAUUGUAGGAGUCGCAUGUGUGAUCAGUCCUGGUCUUCAAACUCGAUGCAGAUGUGCCAGGCCGAAAUUUGAAGACAUCCGUUAUGGGGAGGUCAGUACCUACACGUCGGAAAAUGAUUUUAUCGACUGUUCAAGUCCAUUAAUUAGCUUGAGAAUGGGUCACACCUAUGGCGGAUCUAAUUUAGAGCCUAUAAGGCAGGAGGGUAACAACACAGAUGAUUCUCAGAGGUUCAAUAAAAACAACGAGAAAUCAAGACUGAGUGUCGAAUGUCCAGAGCCACAUCAAAACUUAAUAAUAUCACAAAAUGAUACCCAAAAGAUACAAAAACAGAACACUGACAUUAUGAGUAAAGACAAUGGUCGUAAUAAGGCGUCUAAUUCAAAAUAUCUGAAUCCCAGUUAA